GGGACGAGGGCCGUGCGCGCGCAGCGGUCCUGGGCGGAGCGGAAGACGCGUGGAGCCGUGCGAGGACCCGCAGGUUGUGCAGUGCAUCUAUGAUAUGUGUUUUAGAAAUAAAAGUUAAACUUUGGUUUGAAUGAAAAAUGUCUCUCAACACACCUAUAUUUCUCAAAGAAAGGGAAGAAGAUAAUUCAAAAUUUGUGGAAAUACAACAGUCACAAACUACAUCCAUAGCUGCAGAAGAUCCUCUUCAAAACUUAUGCUUAGCAUCUCAAGAAGUUCUUCAAAAAGCUCAGCAAAAUGGAAGAUCAAAAUGUCUCAAGUGUGGUGGUUCAAGAAUGUUCUACUGCUAUACAUGUUACGUCCCAGUUGAGAAUGUACCUAUUGAACAGAUACCAUGUGUGAAGCUUCCAUUGAAGAUUGACAUCAUUAAACAUCCAAAUGAAACAGACAGCAAAAGCACUGCUAUACAUGCAAAACUCUUAGCACCUGAAUUUGUGAAUAUUUAUACAUAUCCUUGUAUUCCAGAAUAUGAAGAAAAGGACCAUGAAGUUGCACUUGUUUUUCCUGGACCUAAGUCUGUUUCAGUAAAAGAAAUUUCUUUUCAUCUCCAAGAAAAGAUUCAAAAUAAUGUUGGAGGCAAAAAUGAUGACCUUGACAAGCCAUUCAUUAAACGCAAGAAAACUGAAGAACAGGAUUUGAAUGACAGCAAGUGCAAAGACACAACACUGAAAAAAAUUGUAUUCAUAGAUAGCACCUGGAACCAAACGAACAAAAUAUUCACUGAUGAGAGACUGCAAGGGUUGCUACAAGUUGAGUUGAAAACAAGAAAAACUUGCUUUUGGCGCCAUCAAAAAGGAAAGCCAGAUACCUUCCUUUCCACAAUUGAAGCCAUUUACUACUUUCUGGUGGCAAGAACUUGCCUUAGAAUGAAGCCAGCAAAGGAAAGCAGAGUGGAGAGAUAAAAAGACUGAGUCCUGAGGACAUCAUUUAAUCAUCUAAUCUAGCUGCUUGUGAAUGGAACCCUACUGUGCUGAAUAGCUUCUGUUUGCCCUCUGGAUCCACCCUCCACUCUUUCCCAUUCUGCUCUCUGCUCUGUGAGGUAGGUCCCCUUGACCACUGGCUUUUGCUUGGGAUCAGCAAAUGGAAGCACCGCAGGAGAUUGGAGGUUGAAAGGAAAAUGAAAUUGUUUAUUUAUUUCCCUUGCUCCUUUCCUGCCAGGUCACCAUGGGUUGGGUGUGUCCUUCUACUGAAUGUCAUCCUAUCAGGCAUCCCUUUGCCAGCAGUUAUUCCAGUUAACUUCAGGCCCAUGCUCCCUCCGUUUACCCCUUUUCACUUAUAUCGUAAUGAGUCCAGGGUAUUAAUAACCCCAGAGUAGGUCAUUAUACCUUGCUGGUUUUCCUAAACCCUGCCUAUACCUUUGUAAAUAGUAAUUUUAUUAUAUUUUUCUCAAAUGUCCCCAUUUGAAGUUGCCCUCUUUCUGGGACACUGACUGAUAAAUUUCACCCAUGUGGGUACUAGAAAUAACAGUACAUUUCCCAAAGUAUACUCAGUGGGACACGUGUUUUUAUGAAUAAAUGAGUUAUUGGUAAAUUUGUUUGCUGCACCUUAUAUUCCCCUGUUAGAGAUUCAAAAGGCACAAAAUGAAAGUGCUGAAAAGUCCUGAAAUAAACGU